AUGUCAGCUAUGCUACUCUUACCAGCGCCUGUGGCUUCCAAUUCCUUCAAGAUCGGACAGUUGCUUGCAGAUCCACUGCAUCCUGAUGUCGACUCGUUUCAUAAUGAGAAUGAUAUGCUUUCUCUGAGAGCACCAACAGUACAGACCCAUUUCAGAGAAAUGCUCGAGUGCGAUGACGCUGGUCAGUUCAUCGGACGGCAUUCUCACACUUCCACUUCCAACGAGAGAUCUGUUUUGAUUGAGGCCGAAAAAAUGUCCCAUACUACGCUAAGAGACCCGCUCUCCGCGUUUCGAUACGUCAGUCGUCGAGCAUCAAGCCAAGCCUAUCUACACCAGGCGGCAUUACACCGUAAACCACUUUACUACGUCACUGCCAUUCAAACAUUGUCCAAUUACCACUACAUGGACGACGAUCCCAAUAUUGCGAUCGCUAAAAAGCCUCAAGUGCGUCGGCACGACUCAGGAAUCUCCUUGAAUGAGCAAGAUGGCAACGUCAUCCUAGCGGUCGAGCUGACGAAAGUCUACUGCCGCAUCGGGUCACCAGAUGAGCCACAACGACCGAGCGACAUUGGUUAUGCAUACAAAUACUAUCCACUCCAGGGAGAAGAACAGCGCCAACUUGCUGUUGGAUUCGGGCCGGCCGUCGAUUACCAGGAAUUCAGAAAUCUCGUCGGUAUCUCGAGCGACUCGGACUACACUGACGCGAGCGCCGAUUCGGAUUCCUUUGAUGAAGAUGAGGACGAGGGUUGCAUGUGUUGUUCCUCCUCAAUUUCGAACGCAUCCUACCGACGGUACUAA